AAAAAAUCUUACAAAAUACACAGAAAUUUGGGAGAAAGCAAAAUUUCCCCAUUUUCUUCGUCUAAUUCAGAAGCAGAAUUCACAGUCUGCAUCAAAACGACAGCGUUUCGGAGCUAUGGCGAAUCAAGGAGCGAAGAAGCGCAAAGAAGAAAACAUCCGACACAUGAAAACUCUGCUCCGUCUCAUCAUCGCUUCCAAUGUGAUCUAUAUAGUGCUGAGGAUGGGAGUUUUCUACUCGAGUUUCACGUGGAAGCAUUGGUUAGGCUUGAUUUUGACUUCGCUGGCCUACGUGAUCCCCUACCAGCAGCUGGAUGCCAUGGCGAAACCUAGUUACACUGAAGACGGCGAGCUUCUCGACGGCGGCUUCGAUAUGAGCACCGGCGGAAUUUGCGGAUAUUUGCACGAUGUGAUCUACAUUACUUGCUUCGUUCAACUUAGUUCCAUCAUCUCCGGAAAGUUCUGGUACAUAUACUUGGUGGUAAGGCAUUCAAUCCCCUCCUCAUCUAUAAUACACCACUUAAUUGCAGAGAGAGAGAGAGAGAUGCAUUUUACUUUCCUUGCCAAUAAUUAUAUGGUAAUGUUGUUUGGUUUGUGUAUAGAACAAUUCAAGUUCCCCUUCUUCAACAAAAAGAUUACGAGUCCCUCUUGGAACAACUAGUUCGAAUUAUGAUUGGUAUAUCUAAUUGCUAGAUUGUAUUAUGUAUAUAGGCUUUUCUUGAAACCAGAGUAAUUGAUGGACUUUCAGAAACCUGCUGGAUAUUACAAGACAAUUUUAAAACUUUUAACUGAAAUGAAAGCUACCGAGCCUUGGAGUGACAAACUGUAGCAGAAGACAAUUCCUUUUUUAAUCUAAGUCGAAUAAAUAAGAGGAAAUACAUUGGUCGCUCUUAGAUUCACUCGUCUGUUUUGUUUUGCAAGUAACUUGUCUUAUAUACUUAUUUAUUUGUUGAUAUUCAUUAACAUGGAUGCGUAAAUGGCAACAUGCCCUCGUGCGUGCUCCCAUAAUUUCAUGAAUGUUUGCUCCUCCAAUAUCAUCACUGCCCUAUUAUUUGCAUCAACUAGAUGCUCUACUGAUUGCCCAGUUCCAACUGUGAUUAAAAUGCUCAUCUCUAUCUAUCAUAUUCUCACUGCUGUUUCAGUAGUUGAUUCAACGAGUCGAGUUAAUUUUUUUGGACUAUCUAUGACCAGAUUCCAGGAUUUGCCGCAUAUAAACUCUUUGGGCUUGUGAGAGGGUUUAUGUCACAAGGUUCAGAGGUACUUCAUUGUCCAUUCCACUUUCUUACUCCGUCGCGAUUGUGAUUGUGGCGCGGAGCAGUGGUUUAUUCUCACACCAUUUUGAUUCGGUGCAGGGGGGCGAGGAAGACGAGAAGACGAAAAAGAAGAGAGAGAAAAUGGAGAAGAGGGCUUCAAGAGGCAAAUUUGUCAAGACCAGGACCCGAUGAUGCAGAUUCUUCAAGAGUUUUGUGUAUUCUAGUGAAAUUUUGAGGGUUCUAAUCAUAUCUGCGGAAUUAGGUUUCAAAGAUGCACAAAAUUGUCAAAUAUAUUCCAAGGUCGGAUUUUGUUGUAUCAGUAUCUGAGAAAUGGUGUUUUAAUGGAUUUGAAAAUAACACAGGAAUUGAAUGAA